AUGCAGCGCAAGGCGGUUGACUCGCGCAUUCCAGCGCUCAUUCAAAAUGGCCUGCAGGAAAAGAAGAGAAGCUUCUUCGUCGUGGUGGGAGACAGGUCGAAGGACGUGAUCGUGCGUCUGCAUUAUAUCAUGUCCCAGUUUGAUAUCAAGCAGAACAAAUCAGUUCUUUGGGCUUACAAGAACAAGCUCUUGGGCUUCACCAGUCACCGAAAGAAGCGCGAGCAAAAGAUCAAGAAGGAGAUCAAGCGAGGAAUUCGAGAAGCCAAUACCGAGGACCCCUUCGAGCUGUUCGUAUCGCUACACAAUAUUCGAUAUACCUACUAUAAGGAGACCGACAAGAUCCUAGGUCAGACCUUCGGCAUGUGUAUUCUCCAGGACUUCGAGGCCAUUACCCCCAAUAUUCUCGCCCGAACGAUCGAAACUGUCGAGGGUGGUGGAUUGGUUGUUUUGCUCCUCAAGGGCAUGAACAGUUUGAAGCAGCUUUACAGCCUGUCAAUGGAUGUCCACUCACGUUAUAGGACAGAGGCCCACGACGAUGUAGUGGCGCGUUUCAACGAGCGAUUUAUUCUCUCUCUGGGAAGCUGCAACUCUUGCUUGGUUAUUGAUGACGAGAUGAACGUUCUCCCUAUCUCAGGCGGAAAGGGUGUGAAGAAGCUUCCUCCUCCGGACCUCGACAAUCCCAAGACAGAGUCGCAAAUUGAGCUUGAGGCCAUGAAGGAGCAGAACGAGGGACGACAGCCCGUAGGACCUCUUAUUUCUCUUGCCAAGACUGUCGACCAGGCCAAAGCUCUUAUCACAUUCACAGAUGCCAUCGCUGAGAAAACCCUACGGAGCACAGUUACUCUUACUGCUGCUCGUGGUCGUGGAAAGUCUGCGGCUAUGGGUGUCGCUGUCGCAGCUGCUGUUGCGUAUGGAUACAGCAACAUUUUUAUCACCUCUCCCUCACCUGAGAACUUGAAGACUCUGUUUGAGUUUGUCUUCAAGGGUUUUGACGAGUUGGGCUAUGCUGACCACGCCGAUUACUCUAUUAUUCAGAGUACAAACCCCGACUUCAACAAGGCCAUCGUUCGAGUCAACAUUCACAGACAGCACAGACAGACCAUUCAGUACAUUCGACCUCAAGAUGCACACGUGUUAGGGCAGGCCGAGUUGGUGGUUAUCGAUGAGGCUGCGGCUAUUCCUCUGCCUCUUGUGAAGAAGCUCAUGGGCCCUUAUCUUGUCUUCAUGGCUUCUACUAUCAACGGUUAUGAGGGUACAGGUCGAUCUCUUUCUCUCAAGCUCAUCAAACAGUUGCGAGACCAGUCGCGCACUGCUACCACAGCUGGCGAGGGCAUGGAGAUCACUGAUCGAUCAACUGGUAAGACCUCAAAGACCGAGGAGUUCCAGGCAGGACGAAAGCUGCGAGAGAUCACAUUGUCUGAGCCUAUUCGAUAUGCCCAGGGAGAUGCUGUCGAGAAGUGGCUCAACACGGUUCUCUGCCUCGACGCGACUCUGCCCAAGGCCAAGUCGAAUAUCAACGGAUGCCCCGACCCUACACAAUGUCAGCUCUUGAACGUCAACCGAGAUACUUUAUUCUCCUUUCACCCCGUGUCCGAGAAGUUCCUUCAGCAAAUGGUUGCGUUGUAUGUAGCUAGCCACUACAAGAACUCGCCAGACGACCUUCAACUCAUGAGUGAUGCCCCCGCACACGAGCUCUUCGUUCUUGUUCCUCCUGUUUCUGAGGAUAGCUCCAGACUACCCGAGCCUCUGUGUGUCAUUCAGGUUUCGCUGGAAGGAAAGAUCAGCAGACAGAGCGUCCUUAACAGUCUGAGCCGAGGACAGCGACCAUCUGGUGAUCUCAUUCCUUGGCUUGUCAGCCAGCAAUUCCAAGACGAGGAAUUUGCUUCCCUAUCUGGUGCCCGAGUGGUUCGUAUUGCCACAAACCCUGAGUAUGUUUCAAUGGGAUACGGUUCCAAGGCUUUGGAACUGCUCGUUGACUACUACGAAGGGCGCUUCGCCAAUCUAUCCGAAGAUGAGGAUCAGAUUAUGGAGGAGACAAUGACUCGAGUUACUGAUGCUGAGCUCGCCAAUGCCAACUUGCUCGACGAUGACAUCAAGGUUCGGGAUAUCAAUAAGAUGCCUCCCUUGUUCGCCAAGCUGUCAGAGAAGAAACCCGAGCGACUUGACUAUGUUGGUGUUAGCUACGGAUUGACUCAGCCUCUUCACAAAUUCUGGAAGAAGGCCUCCUUCGCGCCCGUCUACUUAAGACAGACUGCCAACGAUCUGACUGGUGAGCACACAUGCGUCAUGCUGCGGCCCCUUGAGAACAGUGAGGACCGAAGCUGGCUCGGUGCUUUUUCCAGAGAUUUCCAGAAGCGUUUCCUGUCCCUCCUGUCUUACCAGUUCCGCACAUUCACUCCUAUCACUGCCCUUAGUAUCGACGAGGCCGCCAAGUUGGGAGCGCAGCUGGACUCAGUUGAAGUUCAACCAUUGACCAAGGCUGAUCUUGAUGUCUAUAUGAGCCCUUUCGACCUGAAGCGACUCGAGUCAUAUGCCAACAACAUGCUUGACUACCACGUUGUUCUCGAUCUUGUUCCAACCAUCGCCCACCUCUAUUUCACAGGACGCAUCAAGGGAGAUGUUACUUUAUCAGGCGUCCAGCAGGCUGUCAUGCUGGCUCUUGGUCUGCAGCGCAAAGAUAUCGAUGUGGUUGCCCAGGAGAUUAACAUGUCCACCUCUCAAGCCCUUGCUAUGUUCAUUAAGAUGAUGCGAAAGGUUACUAAACACUUCGCCGGUCUCGUCUCUGAAGCUGUGGGCGCAGAACUUCCCAAGGCUGAACGUCUUGGUGUGAGUCGCGAGAAUGCUAGUGGCGCACACGACGAUGAGAUCGUCGAUGAACGUUACGUUCCUCUGACUACAACAUUGGACGACGAACUCGAGGAGGGUGGUGAUGAAGCGAUGAGGGAGCUCAAGAAGAAGCAAAGAGAGCUCAUUGACUCUUUGCCCCUUGACCAAUAUGAGAUUGAAGGAGAUACUCCUGCUUGGGAAGAGGCGGAAAAACAGGUACUGAGUGCGACAAAGCAGGGCAAGUCAAACCCUGUGGUCAGCGUAAAGUCAGCCAAGCAAAAGAGAAAGGCCGGCGGCCAGACAGCGGCUGAGGUGUAUGAGGAGGCAUUUGGCGAGAAGAAGAAGAAGAGCAAGAGGGUGAAAAAGUCGGCGUGA